CCGGCGGAGCUGCGCGGGGCUCCCGCGGUGCCGCUCCGCUUUGGGUGGACGGCUAAGGCGGCGCCAUGAAGAGGAGAGCGGGGGAGCGGGAGAAAGAGCUGAAGAAGAAAAAACUUCUUGAAGAACUUGGGGAGAACAGACUUCCAUAUCUGACACCAGCCGACGCUGAUUUCCACCAGCUGUGGAAGAGCAAGUAUUCCAAGCUGAUUUUCAGGAAAUCUGAUACAGUACCUGAAGAUCUCCACCAAAUGGUACAGGAAAGCUUUCUGGCCUUGCGAGAGCACAACUGUUUCUUUCAAGAUCUUGUGAGGAUCAAAGGAAAAGACUUCCUUACUCCAGUGUCUCGUAUAUUAAUUGGAAACCCAGGCUGCACUUAUAAGUACUUGAACACAAGAUUAUUUACAGUUCCUUGGCCUACAGAAAGUUAUGACAUAAAAUAUUGCAGUCCUCAGAUACAUGAUGCUUGUAAAGCAUUAAAGAGACUUAAUGACUACUUGCAUAUUGAAACAGUCCAGGCAUUACAAGGACAAAAUUUGCUUGAGAACAAAGAAAUUAAAGAUACUACUGUAAUAGAUAGGAAGCAAAGUUUUGCUGCUUCUCUUACAGAGCAAGAGUCUGUUUCAAAAGAUCAAAGCAGUGUUUGUGUAUCAGAGGAUGACAGAAGUAUAAAGAACAGAACAUCUUAUAAUUUGACUUUAUUAAAUUAUAUGGAUCCACUACAAAUGCUGUACUUGAAACAGGAGCCUUACUUUGGAAUGGGGAGCAUGGCAGUGAGCUGGCACCAUGAUGAGAACCUGGUGGGAAGGUCAGCAGUGGCUGUGUACAGUUACAGCUGUGAAGAUUCAUCUGUACAAGAAAGCAACGAGCAGGAGCUGAAGGGAAGAGACCCAGCUGUGUGGCACGUGGGCUUGAAGGUGGCAUGGGACAUAGAGACACCUGGCUUGGCAGUGCCACUUCACCAAGGAGACAUCUACUUGAUGCUUGAUGAUCUCAAUAUGACCCAUCAGCACUGUGUUCUGGCUGGUUUGUCCCCUCGGUUCAGCUCCACUCACAGGGUGGCAGAUUGUUCAAGAGGAACAUUGGAAUACAUACUUGGACAGUGUGAACUGGCACUCCAGAAUUUGCAGACUGAUUCUGAUUCAAUGGUUUUGUCUUUGAAAUCACUGGAAGCUGCAGUGGUGAAGCAAGCAGAAGAAAUACAUAAUGAGGUUGAAUUUGAGUGGCUUAGGCAGUUUUGGUUCCAAGGCAAGAGGUAUUUGAAGUGCACUGAUUGGUGGCUUAAGCCUAUGGCUAAAUUGGAAGAAUUUUGGAGAAAAAUGGAGAUUAUGACAAGUCUGGUCCUCUCUGAGGUGAGAAAAGAGCAACAAAUUGAGGAACAAAGGAAUGAGACCAUCAGCUGCUUCCUGCUCCUGCUUAAGGAGAGACAAAAGCUGCGUAAAGAAUGGACAGCAAGAUGCCAGUCAGAUGCAGCAGAGAGCUUGCCAGAGGACCAGAGACCAGAAUGCCAUCCCUUCUGGACAGAUGAUGAUGAAUGUAAUAUGCCUCUGCCAUAUGAUCUAGAGGAAGUAAUUGCUUAUCUACAAAAUCUUGUUCAAUGGAUAGAAUAGCGAGCGACCUUCCAGCCUGGAAUUAUUGAUGCUGGUCAUCUGGGGAGAAGCUUUGUUAUCAUGAAUCUUUUAAGCUUUAUGAUUUCUUGAUUGUAUGUUAUUUUAUGUGUCAAUGCAGAUUUUACCAGUCUUUACACAGUAGCUUAGUUACUGUCUCAUAAUAAAAAGGACCAGCCCCCAAAUUAGAGAAGUGUGUGUUUUUUAAGACCUGAAGUCCAGAACAUCAGCCUUAGUUCCCUCCUCCUCCACUCUAAUUCCCACUGACCCUGCAGCCCAGGGGUAUCUGUGAAUCACAGACUCACAGAAUGUUGCAGGUUGGAAGGGACCACAGUGGGUUCCCGGGUCCAACCUCCCUGCUCAGACAGAAUUCCCCAGAGCACAGGCACAGGGCUGUGUCCAGACAGUUCUGGAAUGUUCCCUGUGAGGGAGACUCCACAGCCUGCACAGAGCAUUUUUCAUUUUUUCAGGUGAGGGAUUCUGUAGGAGCAUUCUAACACAGAUCCCAGGACUUCCUUACUGUUUUGCCUCAUGGCAACAGAGUACUACUAGGAGAGAUUUCUGAUGUGAAUCUGUACCUCCUGGGCUCCCUGGAAUUCAGAAUUCAGUUCCUAAUCAUUGCUUUGUUUCUGCAUAUGGUGAAUCCUACUCUGAGGUCAGGUUUCCCAGUACAUUGCCUAAAGGAGUGAUGGACCUAAGUAAGACCUUCCAUUUAGGUUGUUUGGUUCUCUGAGAAACUGGAUUUAGGUUGUGUGAUAUUGGGUAUUUCAGCAUCAUGUGAGAUCUAUGAGCACAAACCCAAAAACUGUGAAAAAGGAAACUGUUUGUGAUGUUUUGUAGUAACAUGCUAUAAAAAGAACAAUUCUGUGCGGGAUGAUACAGGGUGCUCCUGAAUGAGAUAGAAAAUUUUGUCUUGGUAAAUUGCUAUUUUAUCUGAACUGGUGCUCCUGAAUAAGAUAGAAAAUUUUAUUUUGGUAAAUUGCUGUUUUAUCUGAACUGGUUGGGCUGGUGUCCAACUCUGCCAGAAAAAGCAGAAAAUCAUUAGGGUGAAAAAGCACUCAGGCUGUAUUACCAAAGAAGCCAGUAAGGUUCAGAGUUUGACAUUGCCACCAAGAAAUGAAUAUGCCUCCUGUGUUAAUGUGGUGUUUAAAGUCUGCUGAGGCUGAGCUCACCCAGAACACACCAGCUUCUGUACUGGCAAAGUGCUGUAUGUGUGGAUGAGGCUUGUGCUCCUGAAAUUUGUGCUUUUGACAGUAUAACAUAUGCCAGACCUCCCUGGAGCUAAGGAAGCUGUGCCAGUAAAAAUUCAGUUUUAGUGGUAUAAAACUGUGUCCACACCUACCAGCUUUUGCCAGGACAAUUAUAUCAAGUAGAGGUUGUGCCUCAUAAGACUUUAUGUAAAGCUGUGCCAGCAAAAGUAUAAAUACCUGAAUCAAGUGUUUCCAUCAUAGUCCGGGGUUUCUGUGAAAACUUUUCAUUAUCCUGUGGAAUGUAAAGACUCUCUGAAGAAUAAGUUAUUACUUAAACUAGGUUUGAUAAUAUUACCAUGAUCCACUCAUUUAUCUGUUGUCUCUUGUGCCAUAGAUUUCAUAACAUUUGCUAAUACAGCUAUGGGCCAGCUUUCUCUUCCCUGCGCUAGUUAAAGCUGGGCAUAUUUGGAUUAGUGCCACACUAAACACUGUUUGCUUUGGAGAUUGCUCAGAGAAAAGCUAGCUGAAGAUGUGGGAAUUCUGCUUUUGAAAAGGCAGUUCUCAGAAACAGAUAUUGCUUUGGAAAUGAGCAAUAUGAAUUCAGGCAAAUUAAUGUUGUAACAGUGUUAGCACAAUGUUUAGGGGGGCUGUUUAUUUAUGCUGUUAUGUUAUGAUUACUUUGUGUUUAAUUAAGCACUGCUAAAAUCCAUGGGGAUCACGCUAUUGAAAGAAAUCUGACCACCACAAAGGGGAGAGAAGGCACAUCAAUGAUGGAGUUUGUAGCUGAAGUGGAGGCAAAGCUAUUAAAAAAUGAUUGGCAAAUAAUUAUUUCCAGCAGCAGUAAAAAUAAAACCAAACCAAAACAAUCCCAAACCUAUUAGGAGACUGCUGGCAGUAAUAACAGAAUUUUUAGAAUACAUGUUCCCAGGUCUUGCCUAUGCUUGAAGGUUUAAGGUCGUGGAUUAGCUGAACUGGUAUUGGUCUCAGUGCAGUCAGAUCCCACUUAUCUGAGCCAUGGUUAGCAAUGAUAUGGACAAAUUAAUACCUUUGGAAUAGGACUGCCAAAAUACCAAUAAUCAAGUGGUUUAGGGCUCUGUGUUGCAUUCCAGUCUUGCAUCAUCAAAAUCAGUAUAACCUGAUUGUUUUCAGUUGGAAUGCAGAAGUAUGAGAAGAUUUCAUAUUGCCAAAGCCCACAGGAGUUGAUAGCAAUAACAUGAGUAAGGUGGUGGAACUAUUUGAAGCACAGAGUAAUGCCAAAGGGUACCCCAAAAGGAGAACACAGUUAAAGGUAAAUAUAUAUAAAAAAACCUUGAGAGAUCAACCAUAAAUUAUUGCUGUGUUUAGAUUAUGUGUUAGAAGCUGAUAAAUACUUUGAAGAUUUCUUUAUUUUAUUCAAGUAGUUAUAAUUUAGCUUGUUUCAAUGAUUCUUUAGCAAUCCAUUUAUAUUCCAGCAUUAGAUAACCCAUUUCCUUUUUGAAAGGGUUGGAAGACACAGCCUCUAAUUAAUGUUCUAUGUACUGCAAUUUUUUCCAAGCCUGGAUGCUUUAGAAGCACGAGGACCAAGGUCAAGUUUUUUCAAGGAAGAGGUGAGAGCAUAAAUUAACUUCUGACAUUAAAUUCAGUGGCUCUUUUAAAAUGGUGAAGUUCACGAUUUUGCUUACAUUUACUUUUCAUCAGCCAGGGCUGAAUUGAGGUAAAAUAGUUCACUUGCACGUGUGUGUCAGGCUAAAUGGAUUGCAGAAGAUACAGAUCUGUUUGCCUGUCUGCACUUGCCUUUAGACAAUAUUCAUCAAUUUUACAAAAGCUACUGACUAAACAUGGAACCAGUACAAAUGAAAUGCUCAAGGCAAGGGCUUUCUUUUAUAAAUCUGAUACAGAGUUGGUUUUACACUGAUAGAAAGAAAAUGUUGGCAGAAAAUGAAAAACUUUUAUUGUUUCUGUAAUUUGGGGGAUGAAAGAUACAGACUGUUUUUAAGUAUUUGAUAGAAAACUGCUGUGUUAUGCAAUGUAAUUAGAGAUGUUUUUAUAAUGCUUUGUUCACAUCCGUGUAUAUGAAAAUAUUUUAUCCCAUAGGUCUUUUCUUCUGUUGAAAAGGUUAUGUAAAUAAAUAAAAUUAAUCUCAAUACAGUAGAUUUUAAAGGCAUAAUACUUAUGUUCUAAGCUUUACAGCAGGUUCUGAUUAUUUAAAGGGUAAAUAAGAAUGCCAUGAGUAAUCACUGACUGAAAACUGUGCAGGAUGGGUAACAUGCACCAUAACAAAUAUCCAAACCAGUUGUCUUAUUAUCAUCUGAAUAUGGUUUUAGGUUCACUGACAGUGGUACAAGAUGCAAUAUAAAAUUAUGCUGGACUACUUAAUGCAGAGGGGCAGAUUCAGGGAUUCCAUUCAAGUCAUAGCAUAGAAAUAAAAAUAUUAUUAAAAUAUUGUAGUGUGUUCAGAGCUGGCGUUGCUCCUUUCUCAGUUACAGCAGUGCUGUUCCAUUAGUCCUGUGCCAUGCAGUGGAGUUUGGGCUGUUGGAUACUGAACCAGGCCAGGCUUAGGCUUGUGUCUAAGCUGGGCUGAGAGCAGGGCAAGGGAGAUGAGGUGGGAUGCACAGGAGACCCAAGGGAUGUGAUUUUUCAAGGCCACAACUUCAUUAACUGGACUCAUAUGGGAGUCAUUGAGCUCAAACUUGUACAGUGCAGGUCAGGAUCUCUCUCUUAAUUGUUACCACCUGGUGCAAAGUUAAUGUUGGCUCCCUGAACCCCUCCCUGCCCCUGACAGCCAGUCCUCAGCUUUCUGCUGGGAUCUGACCACUCUCAGCUCACACCAAGGUUACAGAGCUGGGAAGAAUGGUUGUUCCACUGUAGCAGCAGGGAUGAGAAACUCUCAUCCCCAGCUUCAGCCUCCACCUCUGUCCUGCUACAGCUCCACAGAGUGAGUACCUCCAGACACUCUGCUUCUCAUUUGAGAUUCAGGUUGCUGCAGCUCAUCUUCUGUCCUGUCCCACCAGGACAGUGAUCUGACACAGGGAAGGGCCAGACGAGAAGAACCUGUUUGCUUGAGGUUCCUCAUCAAAACCAGACACCCACUGCACUCCCCAUAGAGUGAAAAGUUCAGGGCUGCAAUAUUCUGCCUUUAGAGGGUGGGAGCUGCUAGGGACUGAUGAAGGACUGGCCAAACCACCAGCAUUCAUUGUUCUGUAGGACUCCCAUCCUGCCCUGUCCUGGCUCACCCCAGCUGUGCAGGCAGAGGCAAUCCUGAACAGAACCUCUGCUCUCUGUCCUGCCCAAACUGACUCUUCACCUCAGUGUGGCUGGGCUUGCACCUUCAUUUACAUUCAGGCAAUCCUGAACAGAACCUCUGCUCUCUGUCCUGCCCAAACUGAC